CGGAGGGCACGCUACGGGCCGGACGUCGCGCCGAGACGAGCGACGCGCGCGGCCCUUAUCGCGGACCGGCGUCAAUCUCGAUCCCGGAUACGGAGGCGCGGUCGGUCCAGGAGAUCUCUCCCCGGCUUCCGGACGAUGUGAAAUCCCCAGGCGAAAGUGCGCGCCAAUCGCCGAGAUACGCGGACGCGCCUCCGGGGGGACGACGGAGAAUCGACGGAAAAUCGGCCCAAGGGAGAGGAGAGACUCGGAACCCUAGGCGCGGCAUGGCCGCGCGGAAUCUCUCGAGCGUCGUCCCCGUCGCCGCGUGCGAGGCGCGGGUUUCCGGAAGAUAGACCGCGGGUUCCGCUCGCGCGUCCUUCCCGACCGGAGGGAUCCCCGCGACUGGCUCCCCGUGGGCGCGGCGAGGGGACGACGCCGCCGCGCCGCCGCGCCGCAAGCGCCGAGAUCUCGAGGUCGAGGUGGCGCGGACCCGGGAUGGCGGCCUCGGCGAGGGCCGGGCCCUGAGGCGGCCCCGCGCCCCCAGGGCCGACGAUGCCUCCUGCCCCGGGAGGACGGCCCCGGAAGACCAACGCCGAACGAUUAUGCAGCUGAAGAAAGCGAUGCUCAAGAUAUUCGAUCAAUGCCUGCACUUGCGGAGCAUCGAAGAACCGAGGAUGACGGCGGAAACGGCAGCCCCGGGCGUUCAGGGGGUGCAGAGCGUCCAGGGCGUUACCGCGGGACAGGCGAGUCCGCAGCAGUCCCAGGACUCGAAAUCCGGAGGAUAUCAUUCCUCCAUGUCGGCCGUGUACGAUCCGGAGUACGCGCGAAUGGAGGCAUGGCUAGACGAGCACCCCGACUUCGUCAGCGACUAUUUCCUCAGUUCCCCGAUUCUUGCAGAAAAGUUACGAGGCAGACGGUGGACAUGUGGCUGGUGUCGCACGCGACGCCGACGUCCUCCUCGGGAAGCUGCAUGGAGCUGGCCAGCCCGACCCACGGGGGAGGGACGUCUUCCUCCGGCCGCGGAGGAUCCGGGGGGUCGGGGGCGACCACCCCCGUGCGGAAGAUUUCCGCCCACGAGUUCGAGAGGGGCGGCCUACUAAAACCCAUCGUCAACACCAUCGACGGAACCCCGACCUUCCUCAGCGUCUCCCCCGGAGACUCCAACCAGACCGGAAGUCAGCAAGUCGGGAACGUCAAUGCGGGAAGGCCCCAGAGGAGGUCGAGGCACGAGCUCAGGCACCUCGACGAGAAGGAUCUCAUUUUCGAGCUGGUGAAGGACAUCUGCAACGAGCUGGACGUGAGGUCGCUCUGCCACAAGAUCCUGCAGAACGUGAGCACUCUCUUGCACGCCGACAGAGGCUCGCUCUUCCUGGUCCAGGGCGAGAGGGGCGGUGGUUGCAUGCCCUCGUCGCAGAACCACGAUUUCGGUUCCGGAAAUGGCGGCAUGGCGAGGAACCACACCCCAAAGAGCAGCCAUUCCUCCUCGCGGGGUCGGUGUCUGGUGUCGAAGCUCUUCGACGUCUGCUCCCGAUCGACCCUCCUGGAGAUGGAGAAAAAGGAGGAGAUCAAGAUCCCCUGGGGCACGGGGAUCGUCGGAUAUGUCGCCGAAAGUGGCGAACCGGUUAACAUACCAGACGCAUACAAGGACUCGAGGUUUAAUCGGGAAAUCGAUGCUCUGACCGGGUACAGGACGAGAGCCCUCCUCUGCAUGCCCAUAAAGGACUGCAGUGGGGACGUCGUGGGGGUCGCCCAAGUUAUCAACAAAUUGGGGGGCGAGGGACAAUUCACCAGUCAGGAUGAGAAAAUCUUCGCAGGGUAUCUGCAAUUCUGCGGAAUCGGCCUGAGAAACGCCCAGCUAUACGAGAAAAGUCAGCUGGAAGUCAAGAGGAACCAGGUCUUACUUGACCUGGCCAGGAUGAUCUUCGAGGAACAGAGCACCAUCGAGCACAUGGUCUUCAGGAUCCUCACACACACUCAGUCUUUGAUACAGUGCCAGCGAGUGCAGGUGCUGCUGGUCCACAAGGCGUCCAAGGGAAGCUUUUCUCGCGUCUUCGACUUCGAGGCGAACGACCUCGCAGGCGAGGACUCGGACUCUCGCACGAGUCCCUUCGAGAGCAGAUUCCCCAUAAACGUCGGCAUCACCGGCUACGUGGCGACAACCGGCGAGACUGUCAGUAUUCCGAACGCCUACGAGGAUCCAAGGUUCGAUCCCUCGGUGGACGAUGGCACGGGAUUCCGUCAUCGCACGAUCCUCUGCAUGCCUAUCAAGAAUUCCUCCGGCCAGAUCAUCGGAGUGAUCCAGCUGAUCAAUAAAUUCGACGACCUCCAGUUCACGAAAAACGACGAAAACUUUGUCGAGGCCUUCGCGAUAUUCUGCGGUAUGGGCAUUCACAACACCCACAUGUACGAAAAGGCUGUGAUAGCGAUGGCUAAGCAGAGCGUCACUUUGGAGGUAUUGAGCUACCACGCUUCGGCGUCCCUCGAAGACGCCCAAAGGUUGAGGCAGGGCUUAAGAGUGGCCUCGGCGGCCCACUUUCAGCUGCACGACUUCAAGUUCGAUGACAUCCACAUGGAGGACGACGAGACCCUCACGGCCUGUCUUCGCAUGUUUUUGGAUCUCGAUUUCGUUGAGAGAUUCCACAUCGACUACGAUGUCCUCUGUAGGUGGCUGCUGAGCGUGAAAAAGAAUUACCGCAACGUGAUAUAUCACAACUGGAGGCAUGCCUUCAACGUCGCCCAAAUGAUGUUUGCCAUUCUGACCGCUACGCAAUGGUGGAAGAUCUUUGGGGAGAUCGAGUGUCUCGCCUUGAUCAUAGCAUGCCUCUGUCAUGAUUUAGACCAUCGAGGCACUAACAACUCCUUCCAAAUCAAAGCGUCAUCCCCACUGGCGCAGCUGUACUCGACCUCGACCAUGGAGCAUCAUCACUUUGACCAGUGUCUGAUGAUCCUGAGUAGUCAAGGGAAUCAGAUCCUGUCAAAUUUGUCUCCGGAGGAGUACUCAAGGGUUGUCAAGGUCCUCGAAGAAGCGAUUCUAUCGACAGAUUUGGCUGUGUAUUUCCGGAAAAGGGGAGCAUUUCUCAGCCUGGCUCGCAGUAAAACGUACAACUGGGCUUACAGUGAUCAUCGAGAGCUGCUUCGCGGCAUGCUGAUGACCGUUUGCGAUUUGGCAGCCAUCACCAAGCCCUGGGACGUGGAGAAGCGAGUGGCAGAGCUCGUCAGCAGCGAGUUCUUCGAACAGGGUGACAUCGAAAGGCGGACCCUGAACAUAACGCCCAUAGAUAUCAUGAACAGAGAAAAGGAGGACCAAUUGCCGAUGAUGCAGGUCGGCUUCAUCGACUCGAUUUGCCUGCCAAUUUAUGAGGCUUUCGCAUUGCUGUCCGACAAGUUGGAGCCCUUGGUCCAGGGUGUGCGGAACAACAAACGACAGUGGCUAAUGAUAGCCGAAUCAACGUGCCCUAUGAAGAACUGCACAAACCACGACAGGUCGCCGGCAGGCUCGGAUGCCGAAGAGACCAGUGAGCAGGCCGAACAGUAGGGUCCUGAAAAUCGGUCUCAAGGAUCGUAAAAAUCGAAAGUCGGUCGGUCGACUCCGUCGAUGAUCGUCCCGCCGAAGCAGGACCAAACUUCGCAAAUCAGCUAUCGAGCAGGGGACCAAAAUCCAAAACUGAGACUCUCUUGGGAAUCGCCUGACCCGAUUUCCACUCUAACGAGUUGAAGGAUAUCUUCAAAUUGAGAGAUACCAGGUUCAUAUAAAGGGAGGAAGAGAAAUAAAUUUACGAAUCAGCACGAAUCGGCUGAUUCCGCCGAGUUUUGACGACCGAAUUAGUUUUGGGUUGUGGACGAAUUUUGGAACACUUGGGUGAGCUAGUGGGUUGUCGCAUCGAGGAUGUUCCUGGGAUAUCGUGCGAUUAUUAACCAGAUAUCCUCGCGCGAGGUGAUAGAUAGUAUUUAAAGGGCUAUGAUACGUUUGCGUUUGUGUCAGCCGCCGUCGAAGGUUUGCACCAAUGUCCAGUGCCAAUUUCGUAUUACGAAAAUGGAAUGGAAAAGUAAUGCUUACGUCGGAGAGAAUUUAAUAUUGCCGAUCGGCUGUUCCGCCGGACCCAAUUUUUUUUUUCCCAAAUAGCGAAAUAUCCGGCAUCAGCUGAUCUGUAGGGAAAGACGGUGAAAUAUCUGCCAAAUCGCUAGAAUUUUCUCUUUACGGCAAGAAAUCUAUCUCAAUUCUGAAAUAUUGUAUUUUACAUUUUUUAUCUAUUCUUAAAUUAUUUUUUUAUGGGUUUCACGUCAUAUUUAUAUUCUAACGUAUUUUUCCUUCAGAUUUCGUAGUUGAAAAAUCGAAGUUCCUUGUCUACUGACUGAAUCAUCUGAAAAAAGGCAAAAGUACCUCAAAGGCAAAACGACAUUAUUAUACAAGUCAAGAGAGACAUUCUAACACCCAUUGGGACAUUAAUGACAAAGACAAAAGACAUCUCAGAAAAAUCAGAAGCAGCUCUCUGAUUUUGGAAGUUUGUGCGUUCGUCGAUUAAAAAUUACAAGAAAAUGAUUUACAACUGUUGAAGUAGCAAAACAUUUUCCUCGUGGUAUUGCAACGAAUUACAAAUUUUUCAAUUCUGUUUUUGCAACAUAAUGGCGAGCAGAAGUAUUAAAAUUAAUAGAAUAUUUUUUCUUGAAAUUCAGAAUCGGUACACUUGGAUGAUAUCAUAUGCUUUAGAUCAACUUUUUUGUUCUUGGAGCGAAAUUAAAAAGUAGAGACCCGAAAAAAGCUGUUGCAACCCUUGCUAAUCAGCUCUUUGAAAUGCUACUGUUGUACCUUAUUGUUCUGUAUAUUCUGCAGACAAUCCUGGAGUGGAAACCGAAGAAAUGAUAAGAAUGACGGACGAAACGGACAAAAGACCAAGAAGGGAGAUGGUACACAAGGUAAAACGCGAAAUCGCAAAAAAAGGGGAAAGGAAUCAUUUUGUAUGACGUUUAUUCGACAGUAUGACGGGCAUGGCUAGGCCGAACGUGUAAAGAUGUUUAUUUUUAACAUUGCAAGACGUGUAAGUAAAUAAUGUAUUCGUAUACCAAAGUGUACAUUUAUAUCGAGCCGGAGAAAUUGUGGGCGCGAUCGCCCGGUUUAUUCCGAGCGUGCUAAUCGAAUAGUUAAUAAUUACUAAGUGGAAAUGAGCGAAUUUUGUUCGAAUCGAAUCAGGUCAAUUUCAUCGUUGGACAGAUGGAAGGGACAUCAUAAGAGUAAUCGUUUCAAUAUUUGUCUCUCCAUUUACAUAUAAUGUCAAUGUAAAUAGAAUUAAUUCUAAGUCCGAUUCUUAAACGUGAAUAGAGUGUUUAUAAAAAUAUUACACAUUCAUAUUUUUUAACAAUUCUAUUUGAAUACGGAAUAACCUAAUUUGACAUAUGAAUUUGACUGCUAAAAGAUUUUGUUGAGCGGCAACUUUCGAUUGGAACAAUUUCGAAAUUCGCACAUUUCUACAAAUGAGAGAAUGUCAGAAAGAGAUGUUGAGUGCGUGUAUAGAUACGAACGAGAGAGAUAGAGUACGUAAAGAGGAGGUGUAACUUCUUAUUUCACUACACAUUUUGUUUGAAUUGCAUGCAAAGACCUGAUGACGUCAAUUGUCUUUUAUCGUGUCUACGCGUGAUGACCUCAAAGUAAAUCGAAUUAAAAACAGUAAAUUAAUAAAAUAAAUACUACGCGAAUCCAUUUUUAUAGAUCUUAAGAGUCGUAAGAAAAUUGCAUGGUUUUUAAAUUGUUAACUUUAAGUGGAGAAAAAGAAAAACAGCUUGAAGCAUCACGCGUAAACACGACACAUUCGACGAUUUUCAAGGAUAACCAAAUCGACUGAUCGCUGACCGAUGCGGCGAUUUGAUCUUUUAUCGAACGAUCCUGGCUGUUUGGAAAAUCUGGCAGAAUGAUCGCUUCCUAUUAACGGAAGUCGAUCGGUCUCCUAGACUUGGGCUUCUAGGACUCCAGGUAGUUCAUUUAAUUACGGCUAAAUUAACUUUAUACUUAAUAUAUCGUCUAUUUAAAUAAGUAGUAAAGUCCACAUCGAUAUGGUGAUUGUGAAGUACUUUCCUCCACUUCCGGUGGGUAUUAGGGAUUCCAAGUGCGACGACUACAUUUUUAGGAAGCUCGACAUAUCGCGUAGAUUUUACUUCCUCGCCACACGAGGCCUAUUUUCUACAUUAAAAUUUAUUUAACGCAUCGAGAAUUCACGGUCGUGUCGCGAAGGCAGUAUACGCACUUGAGGUGUGAUCGUUACUUACUAUAUAGUCCAUGUCCUCUAUGUUCCUUUAAUGUUUAAAGUGUCCUUUUUUAUUGUCAGUUCUAAUCUGCAAAAGGAUUAGAUGGGUUUCUUCGACGCGCACGGUUGCAUGUAUAUGUGUAUGUACGUUAAAAGCAGAAGAACGGAGAGAAGAUACAGAAACGAAGGAGAGGAUCCCGUGAUGUACAGUUCGUGUAAAUUAUUGAUAACUUGAAGAAUGUCGAUUACAGCGCACGAUGUUUAUUGUUACGAUUAACGAUUGCACGAGAGUUAUAUAUAUAUAUAUAUAUAAAUUUAUAUAUAUAUAUAAAAAUCAAUAUCUAAUAUAUUAAAGCGAGACUAAAUUAUGUGA